GAGAAAAAAUUUGGGUGGGUGUCCAGUUCACACUAGGAUUCUGUUUCCUCUUUACAAUAGGAUAGAUCGCUUUUGUCCUGUAGCUCAAACCGGGUGAAAAAAACUCUUUAUAAAAAGGGAGCCCUACCCCAUCAGCUAACAAUUACGAUCAAAUUUCUUCAAUGGAAUCGAAUCAGCCAUCACGAUCAAAUCUGAAACGCAAGGUGAUCUCCGAAGAGUCCGAUUCCGAUUCCGAUUCCGGCAAACCCACAGCGGAAAAGAGGCUUAGGUUUCCAAAGGGGAAGAAGGCGAGGCUGGGAGAUGAGGCGGUAAAUAUACGCAGAGCUGAGGACGACGACGAGAUUGGGAUUGGGAUUGGGUUGGCGGACCCUCAUUCUGCCGCCAAAGAGCGAGAGAAGCGACGGAGCCAGAGAAAUCACGACAGGUUUGGGGAGGAUGGGAUUGGCGAAGAUGUGUCCAAGGCGGAAGUUUCAUACGAAGGAUUGGACUCUGAGAACUUGAUGGAGGGUGGGAUUCCAAUAGAGCCUUUCAACUUGGAUAAGGAGAGGGAAGAGGGUUAUUUUGAUGCGGAUGGGAAUUUUGUUGAAUAUGCCCCCAAUGAGAAGAACCAGGUCAAGGAUGCUUGGCUUGAUAGUGUUGAAGCUGGUGAGACAAAAUUAUAUGCUCGGAAAACAGAAGAUGAAGAUGGUGAUGGUGAAGAUUUACCUUUGUCGGAUGGUGAUGAUAUUGGGAAGAUUAAACGGCGCAUUGCUAAUGUGCUGGGGGAUGGAGAGACUGUUUUGCAGGCUUUGAGGAGGUUGAAGGGAGCUUCUUCUUCUGCAAGGAACAAGAAGGAGAAGAUGCCCGCUGAGACAAAGCGGGUUUUUGAUCAGUUGACAGAGGAUGCUGUGACCCUGAUGGACAAGUAUGGGGAGUACAAUGUGAAUCAUGAGAAGAGGGAGAUUUUUGAGCGUGAGGCUCAAGGGUACGAGAGUUUAGCUAGGGCAAGAAGCCAAGGCGCGGCAUUGGGUACAAAUAAUGGUGCUGAAUCUGCUGGAGAUGAAUAUGAUAUGUUUGGUGAAGAUGAUGAAGAUGCAACUGCUCAAGCAUCGAAUUCGGAUGGGGUUGGUCCAUCGCAAUUGGAGAAUGAUUAUUUGUUUGAUGAGUCUUCUGGGUACUAUUAUAGCAGCAGUUUGGGGUAUUAUUAUGAUCCAUCUACUGGACUCUAUUGCUCUGCUGCUUCUGGGCUAUGGUACUCGUUCAAUGAGGAGACUGGAGCAUAUGAUGAAAUCACUCACCAUGGCCAGGCUGCUGCUGCUGCUGAUGCUGAGACCGGUGCAAAUUGAAAAUUUAUGGUUUAGAAUUUAGAUUCAUAUUGAUGUCUACCUUUUUUUUCCUUAACAAAACAGAAACUUCUGAAACUAAAGGCCAAAUAUUGAAAAGGUCAAGAACUCUCAAAUUAUAUAAUCUAGUUGUAAUUCACUGUAUUCAAAUUACAGAAUGGGAUUUUUUUAUAUAUAAAUAUUGUUGAGAA